GCGGGAGGGGGGGGACGAGCAUCCUCCAGGCCGAGGCUCCGUUCGGUUUUCCGGGCUCCGCGCCGGCGAGCGGGAGGCGCUUCGGCAGCAGUACCGGCGAAGUACCUGCGGAUCGGCUUUCCUCCUCCUCGCUGGCUUUUUUUAGUUCGGUGGUGGUGGUGCUUUUUUUUUUUUUUUUCCCCUUAACCCUCCCUCAAAUCCAGGGAGACGCUUCUGAAGCGGGGCGAGCGCUGAUCUUACGUAAAUGGUGCUGCUCCGGGGAGGGCAUCUCCCCUGCCAGCCCCGGGCCAGGGGAGCAUCCCCGGGCGCCGCUCGCCCUGCCUAGCGACCGGGCUCCUCGCUGCCGCCCUGCCCGAGAUCCGCAGCGGCACCGGCGGGGGCGGGCGGUGAGCAGCAGCCGGCAGCCCGCAGCCCCGUCCCCGGCGGGUUUCGGCGCCUCCGCGGACCGGCUGCGGGGAUGAUGCGGCGCGUCGGACCCCGCGGCGGGGAGGGCGCUAUGUCAGAGAGAUAACGCGCCUCCGCCAGCAGCCCGGGGGCAGUCUCGCUGCCAGCCCCCCCCGGGACCCGGCUGCCUGGGAGCCGCUCGCAUCUCGGCGGACGGACUGGCCGCGGCGGCGGGGCCGGGGAGCGGCGGGGCGAGGCCCGGCGGGGCGGGGGAGCGGCGGCCGGCCGUGCCGGGGCACCCCGCCUCCGGGGGGCAAGCGGCCGGGAGGCUGAGGAGCGCAAGCAGCAGAGCCGGGGAGGAGGAGGAGGGCAGCGCCAUGACUCAUUUGCAGGCAGGUCUCUCCCCGGAGACUCUGGAGAAAGCCCGGCUGGAGCUGAACGAGAACCCCGACACCUUGCACCAGGACAUCCAGGAGGUGCGGGAUAUGGUCAUCACCCGGCCGGACAUCGGCUUCCUCCGCACCGACGAUGCCUUCAUCCUGCGGUUUCUGCGGGCCAGGAAGUUUCAGCACUUCGAGGCGUUUCGCCUCCUGGCCCAAUACUUUGAAUAUCGCCAGCAGAACCUGGACAUGUUUAAGAGCUUCAAGGCCACAGACCCGGGCAUCAAGCAAGCGCUGAAGGAUGGUUUCCCCGGCGGGCUGGCCAACCUGGACCACUACGGCAGGAAGAUCCUCGUCCUUUUUGCUGCCAACUGGGACCAGAGCAGGUACACACUGGUGGAUAUUUUGCGUGCCAUACUUCUUUCUUUAGAAGCCAUGAUAGAAGACCCCGAGCUGCAAGUGAAUGGAUUUGUUUUGAUUAUAGACUGGAGCAACUUCACCUUCAAGCAGGCCUCCAAGCUCACACCAAGCAUGCUUAGAUUAGCCAUAGAGGGCCUUCAGGACAGCUUUCCAGCUCGGUUUGGAGGAAUACAUUUCGUCAAUCAGCCGUGGUAUAUCCAUGCCCUCUACACAGUCAUCCGGCCCUUUCUAAAGGAGAAGACACGAAAAAGGAUAUUCCUGCAUGGUAACAACCUCAACAGCCUGCAUCAGCUCAUCCACCCCGAGAUCCUGCCUUCAGAGUUUGGAGGAAUGCUGCCCCCCUAUGACAUGGGGACAUGGGCAAGAACACUGCUUGACCAUGAAUACGAUGAUGACAGUGAAUGCAAUGCGGACUCCUACAAUACUCCUGCAAAGGAUAUAGAAAAGGACCUCUCUCCCAAAUCCAUGAAAAGGUCUCAGUCAGUCGUGGAUCCUGGGGUGCUGAAACGCAUGGAUAAGAAUGAGGAAGAAAACAUGCAGCCUUUGCUUUCACUUGACUAACAGUUUUUGAGCAUUGGACAUGAACUGAGGUGGAAGGCACUGCCUCUCAGCAACAAGCAAAUCAUUGGGAAAGAGUGUAACAGCUGGAAUCCUAUUUACUCGUGUUAAUGUAGCAUAAUGGCAGCAGGUUUUACUAUUCUGCCUGAAUUCUGGAUGCCCUUUGGUGAAAAAGAAAUGGAGAAAAAAAGAAAAUGAAAUAAAAAAAAAGAAAAGGAAUCAAUAAUUUAUUCUGUAAGUGCCAACUUGUUUGUAAAUACAAUAUAAUCCUCCAAUUUUACUUUGUAAGUUAUGGUAAACAAGUGCUAUGGAAAUGAGUGACUAUUAAACAUGUCAGUGAAGUGAAGUGCACCGUAAAAAAGAGAAGAAAACGUGUGUGUUCUCACAUGCGCACACACACACACACACAUACACAGAGAGAGACAUGUACUGAACAGAGAGAAACAUGUACUGAACAAAGAGAAACAUCAAAGUCAAUUAAAUAUUGUCCUUCCCAUGGGAAGCCAGCUAGUACAUUGACUACUGGGUUUUUUCUGCAAUGUUCAUGUAGUGUGUGCUAAGAUAAAGAGGGAAUAUAAGAACUUGGGAGAUGCUGUAAUCAAUGGAAUGUAGGAAUUGGUUUAACAAAUAACCCUGGGGCUUAGGAUUGUAAUUUAGCAUAAACCAUGUGCAUUGUGAGAAAGAUCACAGGUGAACUGGAACCAACUCUUGGAUAGCCUUGUUGUUUAGCUAUAUGGAUCUCUGAGGUUUCUUCCCUAACUUUUCAUUUACACAAGUAACCUGGCUUGGUACCAUAAUCUGGGUGUUGUAAUGUGGGACACGUUGGAGUUACUUCUCUUGCAUUUUGGGUGCACAUCAAGAAUUUUUCCAGAACUCUUGUUCUCCCUUGGAGCAAGACAUUAGUCCUCUAAAUGCAGGGUAAUAACCAUUAUCUGAAAGUAAAGCCUGGCAGCAGAGGUUAGAAGUUAAUCACUGAAUCCUGUGCACUGGGAGACUGGAUACAUAUAUAUAUAUAUAUUUUUACCAAUCUCUGACAAGCAUACAAGGUGGCAUUGUUAGAUAAGUAUAUUUCAUUGGAGAUUUAUACAAGAAAUCAUACCUAUUCAAUGUACUUAGAUAUAUUAUAGAUUGUAUAUUGAGACACUGUCAUUAUUAAUAUAGUAAAACUUUCCAUAGAUAACAGCAUUCCACUCCAAGCAAGGAUUAAUAUUAAUAAGUUGUAGUCAAACAUCUCAGCCUAUAUGUUUAGGAUACCUUUGUUUUGGUUGUAGUAUAACUGUAUAUAUUGAACAUGUGCCAUAAUAGAGAAAUACAUUUUACCUCAAAAGGUCAACAGGUUUCACUAGGGAUUGGGUAAAUCAGCCGAAACAUAGGUAUUGUGUCAUCUCUGUGUGCUGGCUGAUGUGUGUGCAGCCUGUGGUAUGCUGAGGUGAGAAUGUAAUUUCUUAUUAGGAUUUACAUCGACAGUCAGAGUGGGAAGACACACAGGGUGCCCAGCAAGACAUCUGAAUAAUUAGAGGUAUUGUAAGAGCAUGUCCAGGCAAUGCAGGGAUUAGUUAGGAAAACACUGACCACAGUGGACGUGCUGGCUCACGACAACCCUGCCUCCCAAGUGCUAGAGUUUGAAACAUUUCUUCCAUCACUUCAGUGAUCAGUGAAGUUUUAAAGUUACUGGUUGUAGGCCACCUCUCCUCAUCCAGGAUGAUUACAGCUGUAAGAUUUGGUAGGCUGAGAUGAGUUAAGAGCAGAGAGUGAAAUCUUGAAAGUCUGUCGUCUAGAGUUUAGCUGUAACUCCUGUGGUGACAGCUUCAGCGUUUCUCAGGGCUGAGAGGACCCUGACUCUUCCAGCAUAACCCUUGAUUAGCCCAGGCAACACACAGAUAAAGCUCUCCUACUUCACAGGUCGUUAGCAGCACUGAUAAAUAGUGUAAUCCCUAAUAUGCCAUCACCUUGCAGGAACUUCUCUGAACAACUCAUCACCUUUCUGCUUUCCUAAUUCUGUUUUCAUGAUACGUGUUAGGAAAUGCAGAGAGGAGAGAUACAGAGCCUGAACUUCUUAUCUGUCUGUCCUACAAGUUUUUCAGUAGUAGAAACUGUUCUAAUACUACUUCUGUAGUUUGAGAGACUUGAAAAAAUGAUCUGUUCUUAUUUACUAUUUUAUUCAGUUCUAUUUUUCACAUUCCUUGUAACAUCAUGUUGUAUAAGUGAGAUGUGUCUCCAGUAUUCGCAUAAGUGCCAUAUUUGAAUGUAUGUUAUAUAUUUCCACACUUCUGGUUAGUAAAAUAGUAUGUCGUCAUUGAUAUGAUUUUUAAAUCCUUAUCAGAUAAAACUUAAACAUCAGUAGAAAUUUUCUCCUUGUAAGGGCUUCAGGAUUUAGUCAGUACUCCACAUGCAUACAAACUGUGACACAGUGGUGAUCAACAUCUUCAUGGAUCCAUUUAGAUACAUGGGCCUGACUUUGCUGUAAGACAGCAGAAUGCUGAUUUCAGAGUACCCCACCUGUCCAAUCAAAAAAUGCAAAUCCAUUCCUGUAUGAACUUAAAAUUUGUUUUGAAGCUUAUAAAUAUUUGUUUGAAAAUCCUUUAUUUGUGCACUUAACUGUAAUUUAUGUAAUAUUUUCAGAUGCCUGAUUUCAAUUUUAAGGUAAUAAGUAUUAAUACAUUCUUUCCAGAAAGUGAAAGUAGGAUAUACUAUAAUUUUGUGUAACUAGGACCUCAUCUUUCAGGAAGAACAAAACUGCUUUUUCAAUAAGAUUCUCUCUGUUAAAGAGUCGGGCUACAGGUCUUCUUGGCUGCAGCUUUUAUUUCACUGAAGCAAAUUCUGACAGUGGUAAUUGCAGUUGUGACAUUGAAAAAGAAUAUGGAAAUGGGUAAGAGAAAUAAAUAUACUUUACCUGCUCUCAGUAUUCUUUCAAGGCAUUUCUCUUUUACAUAUCAGGGUACAUAAAGGGUUCCAUCUUUCUUGUAGAAAAUCUUUAUAGGUAGUUCAAUUUUUAUUAGAUGAAUUUGGACUGAAAACUUUUUCCAAUCUUUAUUACCAUAGGAAUUGCUGUCUAAUUUUUAUAGCAGAAUUGAAGUGCUAAAACCAGAAUGCAGAUGUUUGGGAGGAACUCCUCUUAAUUUCUUACCUUUCUUGUGUAUUGGGUAGAAUGAAACCUUGUUGUAAUUAUGCAUGCCGAUAUGCAUAUUAAAAAUAUCCUGCAAUAUGAGGAACUUAGUGGAGAAACUGGAUAUACCUGUCCAACAACAUAAAAAAAAAAGGAGGUUUUAGAAAAAAAAUGUAAAAAUUGAUAGUUUUAAGCCUUUGCUAAGAUGUAAAAAUAUCCUCUUACAUGAUGACUUUUCCAAGACACAGAUGUUUAAAAAUAUAUGUAAAAGUUAUGGAAACUUUCAUGACCAAAACCUCCUUGUAAUCAGAGAUAUCAGUAGACUCUGAUUUAUAGAGACAGGUAAUCAGACCCACUAAGCUCCAACAAAUACACAGACUCCCAAUAGUUAUUAGUUGUAAAAUAGUUUGAGAUGUCUUUACAGAAAUGUAAAUUUACUGUAUAGCAUAUUUAAAAAGAUGUUUUGCACUCUACAAACAUGCUAUGCCUAGCCACAAACUGAACACAGAAUUAAAGAAAAGAGGAGUAAAAGGGGCCUCAACAGGUCACUCAUAUGCGGAGGAGCAGAUUCACUUUAAUGUCGCUCUCAGAUGUUUUAGCUCAGUACCUUGCAUGGAAUGCUCUUUGUAUUAUUUAAUCAUAGUCACAGCCAAGCCUAAGCACAUUACCUGACAAAAUUGUAACCUGGCAGUGUUUUGUUCAUGCCUUUUAUUAUUUUCCUGUUCUGUUUGGGAAAUUAAAGUUUGUCAAGCAUCCUAAGAACUACCAUUUAGCAUUACUUGGAAAACACUGCAAUAAGCUUUGGUCAUAUCCCUGUUAUUAUAUUGUUUCUGUUAUUAUUAUCGAUGUAUGUAUUUGUCAAGUCUUUUGAUAAAGUCAUGUUUGAAAGAGCAUGCAAGAGAGAAAAAUCCAAAAUCAAUCAGGCUUCAGGAUUUUGUUUAGAAUAUUAAAAUGGGAUUUUAGGGGGAUGCUGAGUUUGGAUUUGAUAAUCUUUAUUUGUCUCUGGGGAAUGUCCUGCUGAGCUAUUGUCAGUGUUGGGUUCCAAGACAAAUUUGGAAGAUAAAUAUCAAUAUGAAAGACAAAAGCAAAUGUCUCAAAGGACUGUACUGAAUAAACACUUAAUCACAUGGCUAGCUGGAUCAGGUCCCCCUAAAGAAAGGUGUUUUGCAAGUAGCUUGUGAGUGUGUACUUCUGGUGCUGAGAAUAGUUCUUUUGUCCACAAACUUCAAAACACUCUAUGAAAUUGAGAAAAUAAUAGUUAUCCUGUUUCUCAGAUAGCAAAACAGAAACACAGCAAGUUAGAGACAUAUGUCAAUGAAAUACAUUUUUCUAUAUGGCAAAGAUGACACUUUGAUCACCCAGUCUGAUUUUAACUGCCAGAGAGAAAAUAAUGUGUCCCUAUUUUGUGUAAGAAGGUCCUAUUUCCGAUUCACUCAUGCUUAGUUUCUUUAGAACACUUUACCAUGAGACCUUUGCAAACCAGGGGUGAUAUGCUUUCCUGUGGAGUUAAAUCCAAAUUUAACCGUUUCUGCUGAGGAAAUAGCAAAAGGGGAGUAUGUGCCCCAAAUGAAAUGCCUUUCUUCCCUGUCUGAUUGUUGGGAAAAAAGGUAGUUUAAUUCAAAGACCCUCCAAAAGGAAAUUUGCCCUGUAAAGAAUUCUAAACUUGGUCAGGGAUGAAACAAGAUACUUAUUUCCCAUUAACUGUACAAGGAACAUCAGUGUUUCGUUUAGAGGCGUGCUCAAGUGACCCCAAAUGAAAGUGCAAGCCAAGUAGAUAGAACCUUACAUUCUGUAUUGCCUUGUAACUUUGAAUGAUCCUGGGUCAAAAGUCUAUAUUUAGCAGAUUCACUUGGACAUUCCCUUCAGUCUGCAUUGCAGCUUUCAGUUGUGUGGGAAUUUUUUUCCUAUCAGCUUUUGGGAUCUUAGAAUGACAUUGACCCCUGUUGGAUUGCACAAGUUGCAAAGUGGUUUUGUUGUUAAAAAAUAACAACUUGUGCAGGGCUGGGCAGUGAUAAAGUUGAAACAUGGGGCACGAGUUCCCACUAUUUUGUCACUUCUCCUCCGGUGUUUUGUGUCUGUAAACUGCUUUGAUUGAUAAAAGACGUGUUAACACUUGCAUGAUAUCAAUUUAAAAAUAGAGAAAAAAGAGGUUUUUGCAGUGAGUUCAAAAUCAGAAUUGAUGCCAUUGCUGUGGAAUCCAAAGGGAGGUGGGGCACUGCACACAGGUGAAAUAGAGAGACUUCAAAUGAAAGAUGCUGAUAAUUCCUUAUGGUACACGUUUUGUUAAAAUGUGGCCAAAGUAUUUUCUCUGUGGGGACAGUGGUCAGCCAGAUCUUUCUGAACUAGUGGCUUACAACAAGUCCUCUCUAAUAAAGGUAUGACAAAGCUUCCUUUUGUAGAGAAUUCACUUCCAGAGAAUUGACAUAUCUGUCAAUUUGCAGUAGACAAAUGGUGGGAGUUAGUUAGGAUUUUUAUUUGAUAUGGAAAUGGUGCUGUGAUUCCUUAAAGAGGCUGUCACAUCAUCAGCAACACACAGCAGUGCCUGAAGGCUGGCAUCUCAAAUCAGGUCCCUUAGUUAAUAAAAAUUUAAGGGUAGAAAAAAAUCAAGGGAAGAGAUAAUAGAAGAUGAUAAAAUACAGUAAUUAAAAAAAAAAUCAAAACAGAAGCAAGCUUGCAGUGGAAAGCUGUAUGAAUGACAAAAAUGAUGUGAUAGAAUUUGCACUGACACUUCCAAGAAAUUAAUCAGUAGCCUGAGUCCCCCACCCCUAGACUGUGAGCAGAUUUUCCAUUUUUCACACCAUCUACCAUGUAUGGCCACGAUGGAGUUUCCUGAAUCUUUAUAAAAUGUUUGAGUUACCAUAUAAAAUGGUAGGUACUGUGGCUGAGCUUGUGAACAUGGUUUAAGGGAUCAGAACAUGACAGCAGAGCCUCACCUGGAAAUGGAAUAUGUGAAGUGCUGUGUCCUGCCUGGCUGAAGAAGUCAUGGAGGCAGAGAAUGAAAGGACCCCUGUGGCUGUAAGGAAAGGUGGAAGGCCUAUGGAGAAAACAACCUUAGUGAGUUGGAAUGAACUUGUUGGCCAUUUUUGUAGUGAGGGAGGCUUUCACCUGCUCAGUAAUAUGAGAGGGCUUACAAACCCCAUGACACAUCUGUCAUCAGGAAGGAGAAAUAACAUAUUUCUCACUUUACCACACAAACCCAGUUUCAAUACAUUUAAACCUGAUGCAUAUGCUGAACCUGAAGUGCCUCUGCUGCUGCUUUUUCCACAGUAGCUCCCAGGAUGUGGGUAUCAUGUAGCAUGCAGGAGCUGGAAGGGUAGAACCCCCCAACCUGUCCAUAGGAAGAGAAUGGAGGGAUGUAUUCUGCAAGACCCUGUUGCAGAGAAAAUUGUGCGGGAGAAUUCAGCGCUUGCUUGAGUUACAGCCUGCCUUGCCCUGACAUCAGGGCCUACUCUGUGGAAAGCUGUGACUGGAAGUGUUGUGGGAAUCUCCCCUACAAACCUGGGUGUCUUGUGCUAAUUGUGCAGCCUUCGAGCUGUAGCUGGCGAUCUGUGUCCCAUGUCUUUGAACAGUGCUGCUGGUGAUGUUAACUGUAGCCAUUAGUCACUCAGAGCACAGAGGAUUUAAAGGAAACUGAUGGCUUUAAGCAUUGCACUCAGUGCCUAAGAAUAUCAAAUUGGUGAUUGUUACAAGUAAUGCCUAAGAUUAUGAUAACUUAAAGACUUCCAGGGCUUGGUUGCAUUGUAUCCUUGAUGGGACUUAGUGUAUAAUCACUUUCCUUUGAGUAUGGUUGUCCCUGAGGUUCACCUGCAUCUUUGAUGCAGCAAUGGUAGAAAGAAUUAAAUAGUAAAAAAUGUCAUUCUAAAAUUAUGAAUAGAUUACCUGACACUAUUAAAAAAACGGCUUUGCAGUUUGCUAGUGUUCAACUUGAGAAUAAUGCCUCUUAUAAAUCAUUUGCUUCUCUAGCUCUUUCACCCUAUUGUGAAAUGUGUUCUGCAAAACAUUCCCAGCUCUUCAGCCCUUCUCCUACCCUCUUGCAUUCAACACCAUCCUGUCUUCUGUGUGUACUUUAUUCUAUGAAUAACAGAAGAAAACUGUAAAAAAACCACACUGAUAAUCUGCAGACUAGAUCUUGAGGACGAGUAUUUUAAAUAUUUCCCUUAUAUAAAUAUCUGGUUAACAGGGAGAAAUGGAAAAUGAGACCAAGGCCAACCACAUGAUAGCGGAAUACAAAACAGAAGAGUCUGUCUAGGAGUAUAGAUGAGACAGCUCUUGUGAUUUAAGAUGUUACCUUCCCCUGACUGUUAGUUGUCAUUCUUCACGUAGGAACUACUGCCCCAACAUUUAAUCAACAACAGAUUACAGAAGUACUCAUGUCCCAGUGAAGGCUGUUCACAAAUCAUGUUAACUCUGUUGAUUCUGCGCUCAUGCAAAUACAAAAGCACUCACAUAAUCUAUUAAUACAACUCUGUUAUGAGAAUAAUGAUUAACAGCUAGUCAUGGCAACAUCUAAAAUUGCAGAUUGGCAAUCUGUGCCUUAAGGCUCUUGUAAUCUGUAGUACUGGCAUAGUGGUAACUUCUGAAUAAUGGGUUUUUGCAUGCAGCAAUCUACUUUGGAGCCUUAUGGAAAAUAUUACAGCAUCAUAUCAAAAUUCAAAAAUAAAAUAAGGAAUAAUUUACAAACAGUGCUUGUAUCCUCAGGAUAAAAUUUGUUUCUUUCUCAGCUCAGUACUGUUAGGACUCAGGGGGUCUGAGAUUUGUAAAGCCAGGACAAGUUUAUUAAUCAUGUUCUUUCUCUGUAAAGUUUCAAUAACUGUUCUCUUUUCACAACUUCUUGUUAGUUUGAAUUUUAUUCUUGGAUCUAGUGAAAUGGUUAAUUUUGAUCUGUUGUGUUCUAACUUAAAGUCUGAAGGUAAAACAACUUUGUGAAACAUCACUCUUUAUAUUGUAUAUUUAAAUAUCAUCAAUUCUGUGUGAUCAAUGGGCUGUUUUGGAGAGUGCUACUACUUUAAAUCAUCAUUGGUUAUUGAGGAAGAAUGACAUUCUGUUAAAUAAAAUAUGACCAAAUGAAAAUUAAAAUACAUAUAUAUUUUUGUGUUUGUA